AUGAAUUACGGAGAUUGGGAUGCCAGAAUAUCCUCGCCCAUUACCAGACAACCUCAUCCCAUGGUUCAUGACAUGUCCUACUACUCCAAAUGUAUGCUUGGCGGUAUUAUAUCUUGCGGCCUAACACAUACUUUGGUUACACCGCUUGAUGUUGCAAAAUGCAAAAUUCAGGUUUAUCCCAAAAUUUAUUGUGGUUUCAUAAAAUCUAUUUCCAUUAUAUCUAAACAAGAAGGUUUUAAUGGAUUGGUUAGAGGAUGGCGUCCAACUUUGAUUGGUUAUUCAAUGCAAGGAUUGGGUAAAUUUGGCCUAUACGAGAUUUUCAAAGAUUUAUAUGCCAAUGCCAUUGGCGAAGAGAAUGCUGCCAAAUACAAGGGAUUAAUGUGGUUAAGUGCAUCAGCAUCCGCUGAGCUUUUUGCAGAUGUUUUACUAUGUCCAAUGGAAAUGGUAAAGGUUAAGAUGCAAACGGCACCGGCAAGCGAAAAUUGGCCAAGUGGUCUCAUAUCUGCCACUUGUCGUAUGCAUAAGCAGGCAGCUGAAACCAAAUUCCCAUUUGGCAGUCUCACUCCAUUAUGGAGUAGGCAAAUACCAUAUACCAUGGCCAAGUUCUUCUUCUUUGAAAAAGUAGUGCAAUUUUUUUACUCUAAUAUUUUUACCAGACCAAAAAAUGAGUACUCCAAACAGACACAGCUGGGCAUUACUUUUGCGUCAGGUUAUUUGGCGGGUAUAAUUUGUGCCGUAGUAUCCCACCCUGCCGACAGUUUAGUCUCACAACUUGGUAAGAAGGAAAAUAAGGGCAAAAAAUUAUCUAUUAUUGCCAAAGAAAUAGGUGCCAAAAAUUUGCUAACUAAAGGCCUGGGAACCCGUGUUCUUAUGAUCGGAACUCUUACUGGUUUCCAAUGGUGGAUUUAUGACACAUUUAAGACCGCAAUGAACAUGGGUACAACUGGGGGAAAGUAA